AUGGCCUCACCGAAGACAGCGGCGUUGCCAAAAGCGCUUCCUACCGACUUUGAAUGGGGAUUUUCUACGGCCGCUUACCAGAUUGAAGGUGCUGCGAAUGAAGAUGGACGAGGCCCUUCCGUCUGGGAUAUCUACAGUCAUCUAGAACCGUCACGUACGAGUGGGGCUAAUGGUGAUAUUGCUUGCGACCACUAUCACCGAUUUGAAGAGGACCUUGACCUUCUUGUCAAAUACGGUGCGAAGGCAUACCGGUUUUCUCUGUCUUGGUCACGUAUCAUCCCCGAGGGCGGAAGAAAUGACCCGAUUAAUGAAGCUGGCAUCGUCUUUUACAACAAGUUGAUCGACGGGCUAAUUGCCAGGGGUAUUACGCCCUGGGUGACUUUAUAUCACUGGGACCUGCCACAGACGCUAGAGGAACGCUAUGGCGGUUGGUUGAAUACCGAACAGACCCAGAAGGACUUUGAGCGGUACGCAAGACUAUGUUAUGAGCGCUUUGGAGACCGGGUCAAAAACUGGAUUACGCUCAAUGAGCCAUGGAACACAGCUAUACAUGGAUACGUGGAGGGCACCGAACCACCCAGCCGCAGCAGCACUCACGACUCCUACGCUAAAGGCGACUCGUCAACAGAGCCUUGGAUCGUUGGGAGAUCCCUGAUUUUGGCGCACGCGAAAGCGGCAAGUUUAUACAACAAAGAUUUCAAGCCGAAACAAAAAGGCCAAAUCGGCGCGUCUUUCAAUGGUGAUUAUUUUGAGCCUUGGGACUCUACCCAACUCAAGGAUUACGAAGCAGCCGAGAGGAGGAUGGACUUUUGCAUUGGCUGGUUUGCCGAUCCUAUGAUCCUGGCAAAAGACUAUCCUUCAGUGAUGCGCGCGCAGCUUGGAGAACGCCUGCCGGUCUUCACAGAAGCUGAAUUUACCCUGCUGCGAGAGGCCGAGCUUGACUUUUACGGGAUGAAUUACUACACUUCUCAAUUUGCACGGCACCGCAGCACCUCGGCACCAGACACGGAUUACAAGGGUAAUCUAGAUGACUUACAAGAAAACAAGGCUGGCGUGUCGAUUGGUGAGCUGAGUGGCAUUGACUGGCUGCGCUCCGCACCAAAAGGUUUCCGAAAGCAUCUCGUGAGAAUCUAUAAUAGGUAUGGAAAGCCCAUUUAUGUUACUGAAAACGGGUGCCCUUGCCCUGGAGAAGAUAAGAUGAGCAGAGAAGAGUCGGUAAAGGAUGAGUAUCGACAGCGAUACAUAUCGAGUCACUUGGAUUCAAUUGUUGGCGCCAUACAAGAUGGGGCAAAAGUAGCGGGGUACUUCGCCUGGUCGCUGAUGGAUAACUUUGGUCAGUCAUCUCUACCAAAACUGUUCUCUUUAGACAGGGAGAACCGAGUCCUUAUUUUUUAA